GGCCUGAAGGAAUGUCUUCUCUACUCGGCACUCCGGCACUUCUUAAUUGGAGUCUUUGAGGACUAAGCCAAGAGACUGAAACGCUCCUGCUAGUGGUUUGCUUUGGUUCGGAACCGGUUACUGCCGCUGCAAAGUAACAAGACCGACGCCCAUUUCCGGUUGGCCGGUUGCCGUGGAAACGAGUAAGCACAGUUCUCCAGCGGUUAUGGCGGGGCUGAGCAGCGCUCAGAUCCCCGACGGGGAGUUCACGGCGGUGGUGUACAGACUCAUCCGCGACGCCCGCUACUCCGAGGCCGUGCAGCUGCUGGGCGCAGAGCUGCAGCGCAGCCCCAAGAGCCGCGCCGGCCUCUCCCUGCUCGGCUACUGCUACUACCGCCUGCAGGAGUUCGCCCUGGCCGCCGAGUGCUAUGAGCAGCUCGGCCAGCUCUACCCCGACAUCGAGCAGUACCGCCUCUACCAGGCCCAGGCCCUGUACAAGGCCUGCCUCUACCCAGAGGCCACCCGCAUCGCCUUCCUCCUCCUCGACAACCCAGCCUACCACAACCGGGUCCUGCGCCUGCAGGCUGCUAUCAAGUACAGUGAGGGAGACCUGCCAGGGGCCAGGAGCCUGGUGGAGCAGCUGCUGGGUGGGGAGGCUGGCGAGGAGGGAGGGGGCGAGAAUGACACUGAUGGCCAGGUCAACCUGGGCUGUUUGCUCUACAAGGAGGGACACUAUGAAGCUGCCUGUUCCAAGUUCUUUGCCGCCCUGCAGGCCUCGGGCUACCAGCCUGACCUUUCCUACAACUUAGCCCUGGCCUAUUACAGCAAUAGGCACUAUGCUCCAGCUCUGAAACACAUAGCCGACAUUAUUGAGCGUGGUAUUCGCCAGCACCCAGAGCUGGGUGUGGGCAUGACCACUGAGGGCAUCGAUGUUCGCAGUGUGGGCAACACCACAGUCCUCCACCAGACUGCUCUGGUGGAAGCCUUCAACCUCAAGGCAGCCAUAGAAUACCAGCUGAAAAACUUUGAUGCUGCUCAAGAAGCCCUCACUGACAUGCCCCCUAGGGCAGAAGAGGAAUUGGACCCUGUGACCUUGCACAACCAGGCACUCAUGAACAUGGACACCAGGCCUACAGAGGGCUUUGAAAAGCUACAGUUUUUGCUGCAACAGAAUCCCUUUCCCCCAGAGACCUUUGGCAACCUCUUACUGCUCUACUGUAAAUAUGAGUAUUUUGAUCUGGCAGCAGAUGUCCUGGCAGAGAAUGCACAUCUGACUUAUAAAUUCCUCACACCCUAUCUCUAUGACUUCUUGGAUGCAAUGAUCACUUGCCAGACAGCUCCUGAAGAGGCUUUCAUUAAGCUUGAUGGGCUAGCAGGGAUGCUGACUGAACAGCUCCGGAAACUCACUAUACAAGUACAAGAAGCAAGACACAAUAGAGAUGAAGACCUUGUUAAAAAGGCAUUGAUUGAAUAUGAUGAUGCCCUUGAGAAGUACAUUCCUGUGUUGAUGGCCCAGGCAAAAAUCUACUGGAACCUUGAAAAUUAUUCAAUGGUGGAGAAGAUCUUCCGCAAGUCCGUGGAAUUCUGUAAUGAACAUGAUGUGUGGAAGCUGAAUGUGGCUCAUGUCCUUUUCAUGCAGGAAAACAAAUACAAAGAAGCCAUUGGUUUCUAUGAGCCCAUAGUCAAGAAGCAUUAUGAUAACAUCCUGAAUGUCAGUGCUAUUGUGUUAGCCAACCUCUGUGUUUCCUACAUUAUGACCAGUCAAAAUGAAGAAGCUGAGGAGUUGAUGAGGAAGAUUGAAAAGGAAGAAGAGCACCUGUCCUAUGAUGACCCAGACAAGAAAAUCUACCAUCUCUGCAUUGUGAAUUUGGUGAUAGGAACACUUUAUUGUGCCAAAGGAAAUUAUGACUUUGGCAUUUCUCGAGUUAUCAAAAGCUUGGAACCUUAUAAUAAAAAGUUAGGGACUGAUACUUGGUAUUAUGCCAAAAGGUGCUUCGUAUCCUUACUAGAGAACAUGUCAAAGCACACAAUCAUGCUUCGUGACAAUGUUAUUGAAGAAUGUGUUCAGUUUCUAGAACACUGUGAAGUUUUUGGUAGGAAUAUACCUGCUGUUAUAGAGCAACCCUUGGAAGAAGAAAGAAUGCAUACUGGAAAGAAUACAGUCACUUAUGAAUCCAGACAGUUAAGAGCUUUAAUUUAUGAAAUUAUAGGGUGGAAUAUGUAGUUAUUCUGGAUAAUGGGUUAAUCAUGAUGACUUCAUUCUGUGAGUUUUGUGCUUUUUAUCUGCAGUUAGUCUUUAAUAUUUAUAUUUGUUGUAUGUUAAAUUUUGUACACUUUACCACUAUAACAAAAGAUAAAACUUUCACUUUUAACUUUUCAUACAAUAUUGUGUGAUCUUACUCCAGAAGCUGUGAAAAGCUCUGGACUGAGCAGGACUGUUGCGUUUAUUAGAAUUUCUAACACUGUUCUUUUUAUCUUUUUGCUUUGUUGUUGAUUUUGAGGAACUUACACAUGUAUUGCACUAUUCAGGGAUCAGACACUAAAUCUAUAACCCUUAGAAAUUAAUAUGUAUGAUCUGGGUUUUUUAAUCAUUUCUGGGAAUGUUUAUUCUAGCCUCACAAUUUAGCCAUUUAAUUGUACUAAUAUGUGUAUAUUCUUAGAAUUUGGGAUGUCUUGGCAGUGUUUUACAAAAUAGAUGCAAUGUUUUUGGUUUUAAGAUAGGGUUUUGCUAUGUAGCUCAGGCUGGCCUGAAAAACAGCCUCCUAGAGUUUUGAGAUUACAAGUAUGUACCAGCACAGCAACCCAGAAACAAUGCUUUAUUUAAAUGGUUCUUUUACUGUUGAGGAUUCAGUGGGAAGUCUUGUUCACUUAACUGUCAUGCUGUGAUGUAGAUAAUAAAAGAUUACCAAAGA